CAAGAAGGCAUUGAACGGGCAUUAAACUAGACAAUAUGACCAAAUUCCGGCCUUGCAUCGACCUUCACUCAGGGCAAGUCAAGCAGAUUGUGGGCGGAACUUUAAGCAAUGUUGCCACGGAUCUGAAGACGAAUUAUGUCUCCAAGCUCCCGGCCAGUUACUAUGCUGAGUUGUACCGGAAGCACGAUUUGCAUGGCGGGCACGUCGUCAUGCUGGGCCCAGGCAACGAUGAAGCAGCGCACGAAGCACUUCGAGCAUGGCCGAAUGGUCUGCAAGUGGCUGGAGGUAUCACCGAUAAGAACGCUCAGUACUGGAUCGACCAGGGUGCCGAGAAGGUAAUCAUCACUUCAUUCCUCUUCCCUGAGGGCAAGUUCUCAAAGGACCGACUCGAAUCGGUUCUUUAUGCCCUGGGAGGUGAUCGAUCAAAGCUGGUCUUGGAUCUGAGUUGCCGUAGAAAGGACAACACAUGGUUCGUAGCCAUGAACCGCUGGCAGACUAUCACUGAGAUGGAGAUCAACCAAGAAUCAAUCUCAUUGCUGGAGCCUUAUUGCUCUGAGUUCCUCAUCCACGCCGCAGAUGUAGAGGGGCUGCAGCAGGGUGUAGAUGAAGAGCUUAUUGCCAGACUAGCCCAGUGGUGCACGAUUCCCGUCACCUAUGCCGGUGGUGCUCGCAGUUUGCAGGAUCUGGAAAUGGUUCACGCCAACAGUCAGGGGAAGGUUGAUUUGACCAUUGGAAGUGCUUUGGAUAUCUUUGGCGGCUCUGGGGUAACUUUUGAUGAAUGUAUAGAAUGGAACAAGACGCAUUAGAUUGGUCUUCAUUGAGCAUGCUUUCAAUCCUUGAUGGCAGAGCUCAGGCCUGGGUGUGCCAUGUAUGUACAUAAAACGG